AUGUUCAGCGCCCAGGUUAUUGGAGCUUUGUGAGAUUUAUUUUGUGAGGAAACUGAAAACGAAAUUGAAAAUCAUUUUUUCAGAAGUGUCAACCCUGAAAAGUGGUUCGACAAAACAAUUCGAAAUAUGACGGAUUCCAAAUAUUUCACAACAACCAAAAAAGGAGAGAUUUUCGAGUUGAAGACCGAAUUGAAUUCGGAAAAGAAGGAGAAGAAGAAAGAGGCGGUCAAAAAAGUUAUCGCAAGUAUGACUGUCGGAAAAGAUGUUAGGUAAGCGACGUUUUCAUUUUUUGGGAUAAUCGAGGGCUAGUGAAAGUCCCCAAAAAGUCGCGUUUUCGGGAUGGAUUAUAAUUUUCAAUAUUUUGCAGUGCUCUCUUUCCCGAUGUUGUAAAUUGUAUGCAAACCGAUAAUGUUGAGCUCAAAAAACUUGUCUAUCUUUAUUUGAUGAAUUAUGCCAAAUCUCAACCAGAUCUUGCAAUUAUGGCUGUCAACACAUUUGUGAAAGAUUGCGAAGAUCCGAAUCCAUUGAUUCGUGCAUUGGCUGUCAGAACAAUGGGUUGUAUUCGAGUGGAAAAAAUCACCGAAUAUUUAUGUGAUCCACUCAGAAAAUGUAUGAAAGAUGAGGAUCCGUAUGUUAGAAAGACAGCGGCGGUUUGUGUUGCGAAAUUGCAUGAUAUGAAUCCGGCACUUGUUAAAGAUCAAGGUAUGUUUUCGAGAUUUUUGAUAGAAUAUCACGAGCCUGUUGUCAAAAACAGCAAAUUCUUUAAAUUUCGGAGUUCGAAAUAUUCUGAAAAAUCUGGAAUUUUAAAAUAAUAUUUAUUUUUGAAAAUGAGGCAGGUUGCAAUUUUAAAAUUUAAAAAAUUUCAUGAAAAGUCUGUUGCACGUCGUUUCAAGCAUUUCAAUGAGAAAUUUGGUCGAAAAUAAUGAUUUUUGAUACCAAGAAAGCCUAGACUUUUGCCACGUCAUAACUCAUAUUCAGAGUUAGCCUAGACAGUUUUUAAUGACAGAAUUGUGAUUUUAAAAAUUUGAAAAGCUUUUUUUUUAGAAGCCUGUAUAAAAUCUAGAAGGCCUGACAUUUUUCUGAGUUUCUUGAAAUACUUUACCUACAUAAAAAUAAUAUUUCCAGGAUUCGUUGAAUUACUCAACGAUCUUCUCUCUGAUGCAAAUCCAAUGGUUGUUGCAAAUGCAGUCGCUGCUCUAACUGAAAUUAAUGAACAAAAAACUGUGAUCGAAGUAAAUAGUCAAAUGGUCAACAAAUUGCUGACUGCAUUGAAUGAAUGUACCGAAUGGGGACAAGUAUUCAUUUUGGAUGCUCUUGCUGGUUAUACUCCACGUGAUGAUCGUGAAGCUCAAAAUAUUUGUGAACGUAUUUCACCACGUCUUGCUCAUGCUAACGCCGCUGUUGUUUUAUCAACUGUCAAAGUUUUGAUGAAAUUAAUUGAUAUUAUGCCAGCUGAUUCGGAAUUUAUUACUCAGCUUACGAAAAAGCUUGCUCCUCCAAUGGUCACACUUCUCUCUGCUGAGCCAGAAAUUCAAUAUGUUGCUCUCCGAAAUAUUAAUUUGAUUGUUCAAAAACGCCCAGAUAUUUUGAAACAAGAAAUGAAGGUGUUUUUUGUCAAAUAUAAUGAUCCAAUUUAUGUGAAAAUGGAGAAAUUGGAUAUUAUGAUUCGAUUGGCACAACAAAGUAAUAUCUCGCAAGUUUUGAGUGAAUUGAAAGAAUAUGCGACUGAAGUUGAUGUUGAUUUUGUUCGAAAAUCAGUUCGAGCAAUUGGAAGAUGUGCAAUUAAAGUUGAAGCGAGUAGUGAAAGAUGUGUGCAAACACUUUUGGAAUUAAUUCAAACAAAAGUCAAUUAUGUUGUGCAAGAAGCUGUUGUUGUUAUCAAAGAUAUUUUCCGAAAAUAUCCAAAUCGAUAUGAAAGUAUUAUCUCAGCUCUCUGCGAGAAUUUGGAUACUUUGGAUGAACCAGAAGCUCGUGCAUCAAUGAUUUGGAUUAUUGGAGAAUAUGCUGAAAGAAUUGAUAAUGCUGAUGAAUUGCUUGAAAGUUUUGUUGAAGGAUUCCAUGAUGAAAAUACACAGGUAACCCUUUUUUCUGAAUCUGAAAUAAAAAAUAUUCAUGUUUUUUUGCAGGUCCAACUUCAACUUCUCACCGCAGUCGUCAAAUUGUUUUUGAAAAGACCAGGAGUCGCGCAAGCACUUGUUCAACGAGUUCUCUCAUUGGCCACACAAGACAGUGAUAAUCCGGAUUUGCGAGAUCGCGGUUUCAUCUACUGGCGUCUUUUGUCUGCCGAUCCAGCAGCCGCCAAAAAUGUCGUGUUGACUGAAAAACCGCUGAUUUCGGAAGAGACUGAUUUGUUGGAACCGUCGCUUUUGGAACAACUCGUUUGUCAUAUUGGAACACUUGCGUCGGUUUAUCAUAAACCACCUUCUGCAUUCAUUGAUCCAGCCAAAGCUCCAUUGAGACAAAUCAACCCGACUACUACAAAUACAAAGUUUGUUUUUUUUUUCAGUUGGGAAACUUUUUUGGCGAGAAAAUGGGAGGAUUUUUCUUGUUCCGAGAGAAUUUAGAAUUCGAAAAUUUCAGCAUUUUUUGGCACCAAUUUUAGAAUUUGAAAAAAAACGUGAACUUUGUGCCACGUGGAAUUUUGCAGCCAAAAUUCAAGUUUUAUAAAUUCUCAAUUUUUUUGUACAUGUUAUUUUUUAGCACAAAAAUUUUAGUUCUGAAAUGUUCUGAAAUUUUAACACAUAAUUUUUGGGUUCAAAAUUUCACUAUUGGAGUUUUUGCUACGUGGAAGGUAUCAAAAUUCUGAAUUUCAAAAAUUAGGCAUUUCUCACAUGGAUUUUUCUCGGGAAAAUGUUUGCCUCGUCGCUACCAAAAUUAGGGAUUUUCGAAUUUUUUUACCCAAGAAAUGUUUUGGAGCAAUAUUUUUGUAUUUCAAAUUCAAGAUUUUUAGCCACGCUUUUUGGCCCCAAAGUUCAAGAAAAAUAGACAUUUUUGAUUACGUGAAUUAGUUUUCCGAUGAAAUUUUCAACAUUAUAGCUACGUGGCAUUUUACUGAAUUUUCAGGCCGAAUUAUACUUUGAAAAAAAUGUAUUUGGAACUCCCUUUACUCUCUGCAACUGAUUCAUUUUUUUUCAGUGGAGCAAAUCUUUUGGAUACAUCAUCCUCUUCAAGAAAUGGCACAUCAUCCGCACCAACUGUCAUUCCUUCUCAAGAUCAAGUCAUCGCUGAUCUUUUGUCUCUCGAUCUCAAUGCACCAGCCACAACAGCCGCAUUUGGUGGAAAUACAAUGAGUGGAACAACAUCAUCAGGUGGAUUAGAUGAUUUGUUAGGAUUGGGUGGAGACGUGUCUGUUCCAUCUGUCCCAGUUCAAUCAGCUCAUAAUCCAUUUGAUCCACUUGCUGGACUCGGCCUUGGAAAUCCAGCAGCCGCACAAAUUCCAUCGCAACAACAACCGGCUGCGAUUGGAGGACUUGCUGAGAUUUUCGGAACAAAUGCACUCUCAACAAACACUUUGAAUUAUAAUUAUCCAAAGGAAUUGUUGUUGGACGCAUCGAAAGCAAUGGGAAUGCAAGUUGAGGGAACAUUUAUUCGUAAAAGUGGACGAAUUUAUAUGGAGCUUACGAUUACCAACAAAGCUAUGCAAGCAAUGUCGAAUUUUGCGGUUCAAUUCAAUAAAAAUUCAUUUGGUUUGGUUCCGGCUGAACAGCCAAAUUCAUUAGCACCACUUUUGCCAAAUCAGAGUCAAAAUGUGAGUUUUCCUAAAUUGUUUCAGAUUUUUUUGAGUUACAAAAAUUCCCUUUUUCAGUUCACAAUUGCUUGCGAUACAACUGGACCAGUUCAAGUUUCUCAGCCAUUGACAAAUCUUCAGGUUAGUCAGUAUUUAUUUAUUCAUUUAUUCAAAACAAAAAAUAA